AUGUUAACUCAAGAUGUAUCAUUAAAUGCAUUAGAUUUUUUUAAUCUUUUUGAUAAAAAAAGAACAUAUACACCUAUCGAAUGUGAUUCAAAGUAUCCCGAAUCACCCGAAGAAAUUAAAAUGAUUACAGCAUAUACCGAAGCUAAACAUAAAUUAUUUAAAGAGAAUCCUCAUACCUGGAAAAAAAAAGAAAUCGAAAAUUUAUUAACUCAAGUGGAAAAACAUGGGAAAAGGUGGAAAUUAUUAUCAACUCAAUAUGUUGUUAAUGAUUCUAAGAUGAGAUCGGCGGCAUCAUUAUGUAGUAAAUUUCGAAAUUGGAUAAAAAAAAUGUCAUUAUCAAGUUUUGAUCGAGAUUGGUCAGAGGAUGAAGAUCGAAGAUUGAGAAUAGGAAUAAUGACAUAUGGAGUAAGUUCAUGGAAGAAGAUAGCAGAUUUAGUUGAAACUAAAGAUUCAAUUCAAGUACAUAAAAGAUGGAAACAAAUAUGUUUAAAUAUGAGAGGACAUUGGAGUGAAGAAGAAAAUGAAAUAUUAAAUAAAUUAGUUAAAGAUCAUGAAGAAUCCAAAUUAUUAUAUAAUACAUUAAAAGAAGUAGGAUUUAAUUGGAAAAAGAUUAAAGAAAAAUUUCCCAAACGAAAUAUUGGACAAAUAAGAGAUUAUAUAGAUAAACAUGCAAAUGUGAAUCCAUUCGUUAUGCACGGUAGAUGGACCACAGAGGAAAAGGCCAGAUUUAAACAAGGAUUUGAUGAAUAUGGUACAGUAUGGUGUAGAGUAUCACAGGUGGUUAAAUCACGUACACAAAGUCAAUGUUCAAAUCAUUUUAAAUAUUUUAAAAAUUAUAUUAGUGAUGAAGAAUAUAAAAGAUUAAUUAUAGAUAGAGUAAAUCAAUUUAAAGAUAUGAAAAUAUCGAAACAAGGAAGAGUUUAUGGUAAAACUGAAAUUAAAGAAUUAUCUGAAUUACUAGAGAAAACCAAACAAAGUGGUGAAGAAGGUGAAAAUGAUUUCGAAGAAAAUUUUAAAAAUGACUUGGAAAAUAAAGAAGAUGAAAAAAGAUGA